UAUCUCAGGGACCAAGAAAACCAGACUGCUUCAGUGACUUUCAUCCUCUUGGGCUUCUCCGAAUACCCGGACCUCCAGGUGCCUCUCUUCCUUGUGUUCCUGACCAUAUACACAGUCACUGUGCUGGGAAACCUGGGCAUGAUUGCCAUCAUCAGAGUCAACACAAAGCUCCGCAGUACCCCCAUGUACUACUUCCUUAGUCACCUGUCCUUUGUGGAUUUUUGUUACUCCACUGUUGUGACGCCCAAACUGUUGGAAAACUUGGUCUUAGAAGACAGGACCAUCUCCUUCUCAGGCUGCAUCAUGCAGUUCUUUUUUGCAUGUACAUUUGUGGUGACAGAAACCUAUAUGUUGGCAGUGAUGGCCUAUGACCGGUUUGUUGCAGUGUGUAAUCCUCUCCUCUACAUGGUUGCCAUGUCCUCAAAGCUGUGUUCCUUUUUAGUGGGUGCAUCAUACUCUUGGGGUCUAAUCUGUUCUCUGACACUUACUUACUUUUUGCUGAGAUUAUCUUUUCAAGGUGUUAAUGUUAUAAAUAACUUUGUGUGUGAGCAUGCUGCUAUUGUGGCUGUAUCCUGCUCUGACCCUUACAUUAACCAGGAGAUUAUUUUUGUCUCUGCUACGUUUAAUGAAAUAAGCAGCCUUGUCAUCAUUCUCACUUCCUAUGUUUUCAUCUUCAUCACUGUCAUGAAGAUGCCUUCCAUUAGGGGCCGUAGUAAAGCCUUCUCUACAUGUGCCUCCCACCUGACUGCCAUUACUAUUUUCCACGGAACAAUUCUUUUUCUCUACUGUGUACCAAACACCAAGAGCUCAUGGCUCAUGGUCAAGGUGGCCUCAGUAUUCUAUACAGUCUUCAUCCCCAUGUUAAAUCCCCUGAUCUACAGUCUCAGGAACAAAGAUGUCAAAGAGACAGUUAGGAAAUUGAUUAGUAAAAACCUAUAG